AUGAAGUCUUCUCCUCUGUGUCUGGCCGGCAUUCAUGCGGGUGUGCUGUCCAACACUCUUGGGGGGCAGAUCAGUGUGGUCAGCAGCAAAGGCAUCCCACACUACGAAAGCUCACUGGCUAACAAUGUGACAUCUGUGCCGGGAACUCUCUCCCCGAGCCUUUUUACUUUCAAGACCAGCGGUUGCUAUGGCACUUUGGGUUUGGAGUCGGGGGUGGUGAGCGACUCUCAGAUCAAGGCCUCGUCCGAGUGGGAAUGGGGCGGUCAUGGAAAACAGCCCACCGUCUGGGGCCCUAUGGGGGCCCGCCUCAAAACUCCAGGACGUCCGUGGGCUGCAGCCAACAGCGACACCAAAGAAUGGAUUCAAGUGGACUUGAAGAAAGAGAAGAAAAUAACAGGCAUUACCACCACUGGCUCCACACUCCCAGAGUAUCAGUUUUACGUUUCAGCCUAUGAGGUGUUAUACAGCCGUGAUGGACAGCAGUGGAAACCCUAUCAAGAAGUGGGAUCAGAUAAAAACAAGAUUUUCCAAGGUAACACCCACUAUCUGCAGGAGGUGCGAAACAACUUUAUUCCUCCAAUUGAGGCACGCUUUAUCCGAAUAUGUCCCUUACAGUGGCACCAGAGGAUCGCCCUUAAGGAGCUGCUGGGCUGCCAACCGCAGGCAGCGAGGCCCAGAAUCUUCCAUCCAGGCCCUGCACCUCCUCGCAGGAAGAGCACAGCACCGCCAGCGCAGGAGAGGACCACACACACACCCAACAUCCAAAACUCCACCAUGCCUCCUCACUCUCAUGACGAGGUGGCGCUGGUAGCAGUGUUGGUUCCCGUAUUGGUGGUGGUUCUGACGACACCAGUGCUGGUGAUGGUGUGCUCAUGGCUGUGGAGAGAACAGAGAAAAAGCCCUGAGGUGACGUAUGACCUUCCACACUGGGAGCGCACGGUGUGGUGGAAGAGUAAACAGUUGUUGCCUUCUAAGCUGGAUGGAGAAGACUGUGUUCGAUAUAGCUCUACGACACGAGUGGACCACCAGAGACCCCGGGAAACUAUCCAUUUUCUAACUUCCCAUCAAUGUAGAAUAUGCCCACCGCUGGUCACAGGAAACAUGGCCUCUCUGGGACAAAGGUCGACUUUUAAACCCGAAGAGGCCGAUGUUCCCGAAUACGAUGCACCUAUUCCUCCGGAACAUUACCAUGCUUAUGCUGAGCCCCUUCCUGCUUCUGGCACUGAAUACGCCAUGCCGAUCAUGAUUGAUAGGGCCAACCAUCUAUCAGGAGGCACUCUGCCAUUCAGGGGGCGUGGUUUAGUGACUCAAACAGACAGCAGCCAAUCAGCAAGCUCAGCAUAUGACACGCCCAAGAUCACAUCUGAUCAAGCCACACCCACAGAGGGACAGUUAUCCAAGUGCCACAGAAUACCCACAACGCCCCAUGUCAGACAAUAGACUGACCAAUCACAGAAGAGCGAACGCUAUAAACUGUCUCGGAAAUCUGCAGAUCAGAUCAGAAUGUGUGAAGUUAUACACCGCGCAAGUCCUAUCACUGAAAUAACACGCAAGGAAUGUCAGGAGAGAAGAAAAACAGCAGAGAUCUCGUUACACUACUGUGUUUUGUGGGUGUUUGUGCAUUUAAAUGUGUGUGUGUGUGUGUAUUUGCGUAUGAGUGCAUAUACGUGACUGUGCACUGCUAUCAUACUGUGAGAUACUUUAGAUGUCUGUGCAUUUUUCUCAGAGCGGAGAUGUAUUCGUCUCGUUUGCUCGUCAUAAGGCACAUUUUUUCCUUAGGCAAAGAUAUUUUCAACAAUAACGCCCUCACAUAGAAUAACAAACGACUGCAUUUCAAAUUAAUACACAAACACGCUCAUAACACUGUGAUUCACUGUCAUUUUGCACUGUUGUUUUGUAUUCUGCUGUUACAUAGGUGCCGCCUUUGUGAAAUAACAACACAAGCCUGUGCUGGUUGCCUUUCUCUAGUUCUGUUCCAAAACCUAGUGAGUUAACCUGCUGUCUACUACAUAUAUAGGCAAUACUGAACAUGCUAAAUUUCAGGGCUGCAUAGUUUGAUGUUUGUUUUCUUGCCCACCAAUAGCAUAUUCAGAGAUACCUCAAAAUAUGCUGUACUGUUAGAUUCAGGGACUUGUUGUAAAAUACACUCACCGGCCACUUUAUUAGGUGUCCAACUGCUGGUUAACGCAAAUUUCUAAUCAGUCAAUCACAUGGCAGCAUUUAUGCAUGUAGACAUGGUCAAGACGAUCUGCUGCAGUUCAAACUGAGCAUCUGAAUGGGAAAGAAAAGGGAUUUAAGUGACUUUGAACGUGGCAUGGUUGUUGGUGCCAGACGGGCUGGUCUGAAUAUUUCAGAAACUGCUGACCUACAGGGAUUUCCACUCACGACCAUCUCUAGGGUUUACAAAGAAUGGUCUGAAAAAGAGAAAAUAUUCAGUGAGCGGCAGUUCUGUGGGUGCAAAUGCCUUGUUGAUGUCAGAGGAAAAGGGCUAGACUGGUUCGAAAGAUAGAAGGGCAACAGUAACUCAAAUAACCACUUGUUACAACCUGAGGUAUGCAGAAGAGCAUCUCUGAAUGCACAACACGUCCAACCUUGAGGCGGAUGGGCUACAGCAGCAGAAGACCACACCGGGUGCCACUCCUGUCAGCUAAGAACAGGAAACUGAGACUACAAUUCACACAGGUUCACCAAGAUUUGAAAAACGUUGCCUGGUCUGAUAAGUCUCUAUUUCUGCUGCGACAUUCAGAUGGUAGGGUCAGAAUGUGGCGUCAACAACAUGAAAACAUGGAUCCAUCCUGCCUCGUAUCAACACUUUGGAAAGUUUUGGGACACUUUGGGCACAUUAGUACCAGUUGAGCAUCGUGUCAACGCCACAGUCUACCUGAGUAUAGUUGCUGACGAUGUCCUUCCCUUUAUGACCACAGUGUACCCAUCUUCCGAUGGCUCCUUCCAGCAGGAUAACGCGCUAUGUCAUAAAGCACGAAUCAUCGCAGACUGGUUUCUGGAACAUGACAAUGAGUUCACUGGACUCAAAUGGCCUCCAUAGUCAUCGGAUCUCAAUCCAAUAAAGCACCUUUGGGAUGUGGUUUAACAGAAGAUUCUCAUCAUGAAUUCUCAAAUCUGCAGCAGCUGCGUGAUGCUCCUAUGUCAAUAUAGACCAAGAUCUCUGAGGAAUAUUUCCAGUAACUUGUUGAAUCUAUGACACAAAGAAUUAAGGUGGUUCUGAAGGUGGUCCAACCUGAUACUAGUAAGAUGUACCUAAUAAAAUGGCCGGUGAGUGUAUAUCACUAUUAAAGGGAUAUUUCAGUGUUUUUCAUUCAUGAGUUUUAUUUUAAAUGCAAAGGAGGAUAUUUUGAAGAAUGCUCGAAUGUGGUAGUGAUUGACAUCUAUGAUAGGAAAGAGAAUAAUCUGAAGGUCAAUGGAAACCAUUUUCCAACAUUAUUCAGAAUAUCCUGUGUUCAAUAGAAGAAACAAACUUGUUUGGAACAAGUUGGAGGGUCAGUAAAUGAUAUAAUUUUCAUUUUUGGGUGAACUAUCCCUUUAAAGUGAUACACAUUUAGAUAACCAGUUAAAUUUUGUAACUUAAAAUGACUGAAAAUUGCAAAUCCUGUAUCCCAAUAGUAGUGUCAACACAAAAGCGUACAGUUUUGCUAAAAAAAUAAACUGGUGAAACCUCACUGACCACAUUUUAAAACAGUCAAACAAGUCUUCUAGUGUAUAUACUGUAAAUUGAUGCAGCAUUAUAUCUCUGCAAACUUAUAGCUGGAAUACACUACAUGACUUUUGCCCAGAUUCUUUCCCUGAUUUGCAGGCUGUACGCGUCAGCACUAGCUGUCGAAAGUUGGAGCCAGCAGAUUUGAGUUGACAGAUUUCACAGAAAAUUGCAUAGUGUUUAAUGGCAACAGACUUUUAGCUGUUAAGACACAGAAUUUCUCUCUUUUUAGCUCCAGGCUUUGAUUGCACCCAGUCAAAGAGUUUCUAACAUUUUUGAUAUCCUGAGCUGAUUUUAGAUCACAUAUUGUGUUCAUUUGUCAUGCGUUUCUUAGCAACGAAGCACAUGUUCCUGACUGAGUUUGUUCGGCAUUAUUCUGUUUACAAACUUCAUGCAGUUUUGAACCCUGUUCAGAUCUAAAAGGUUAAGUAGUGCAUUCUGCUAUUUAGAUGGAGCCCCAGAAGUAAAUCAAUUGGAUAAACAACCUCCUCACAGUCAAUAGGCCUAGUUUGAUGUUAGCAUGUUGCUAAGCUAACACCUCAAUACUGUAAUAAACACAGAAAUAUUAAGUAAAUGAUCAAAUUUACUUACAUCUAACUAGUUUAAUACUUAAAACUAUUCAAAACACGACUGCCAUCUUGAAUUACUUCAGUCACUGAACUCAUUUCAAUGCAGCCUGCCUUCUGGAGAAAAACAUUCAGAGCACGACCGCUAUGCCUUAAAACGUCGUCUUGGCAGGAAGCUCUCAAAAGUUUUUGGAACAGGUUUUGUUGGUAGCAUGCUUCAUUUAGUUAAACCAGAAUUAAUUAAUAUAGGAGAGACUGAUAUGCACCGAUUCAGCACAGGAACUAUGAAGGUCUUUCUUUAAGACAUAAUGGUACGGCAGUGGUGCUGGCGCUGCAUUUUCAGAAUCCAUGGAAAAGUCCUCCUUGCAUGACUGCACAUACACAUUCAUGCUGAUUAUAUUUUAUGCAUGCAUGUGAAAACCUGGGCCAUGCAAAGAUCCAAUUUUUUUCUUCCUGCUGAUGUGUCUCGUAUUAAUACUCCCAAACCACUAACAGGUCGAGUUUAAGCUACAUGCACUGCUUUCAUGGUGACACUGUCUUAAUGCAUACUUUACAAAAGGUAAAUAGCAAAAACACAGGAUGCCAACAUUCUUGCCUAUUGUGCCAAGUCAUCUUUAUAUAUAUCUUGUACGUCAUUUUGUUGACUUGAAGACCAAACGGCCUGAUGGAUAAUCAGUCCAAACUUACUAUCCAUUAGAUUUAAUGUCAUCAGACCAAACGUUGCCUCUCUAUAAGGAUUUUAGACACCAGGAUGUUGCAUGUUCAUAUAUUUGUGCACUGUUGUGUUCGUCAUACGCUUUCACUCAUAUUUCGGUACUUCUGUCAGUUUACUGGCAGUGAAAUGUCCACAAUGGUGGCACUGUGUGUGUGUUUCAUUGUCUUUGUGAGGUUAAAAUUGUCGGUUGAUUGGUGUAUAUGUGCAUGUCUGCUUCUAGUUUUUAAAAUGUUAUCAGAGAUGUGUGUAAUGAUGUUUCUGUGCACUGUAUACACAAGCCUGUGUGUGUGUGUGUGUGUGUUCAUGUGUGUCUGCCGUUCACUGUACAUCUGUCUCUAAAUCAUGAUUGGUACUGUAGAGUGAUUGUAUAGAAAACAAUUUUAAAAUGUUUAAUUAAAAUUUUAUUAAGAAAUAAAAUGCAAUUUGAAGGAAUUUAUUUUUUGAUUUCGA